AUGGACUCGUUCACGUCCUUAUCAUCCCGGUUCGUGAUACAGUUUACCACGAGCCGUCCUCAUCAGCUCACAUCAAUCGCGUUGGUCAAUAUACGCCAAGAAAAGAAAGAACCUCUGAGAACUUUUAUGGAAAGGUUCGGAAAGAUGACGUUAUCCAUCCGCAACCUGGACCCGGCCGUAGCAAUGCAUCACCUGACCAUGGCGUUACGACCCGGACCCUUUGUCAACAGCUUAUGCAAGAAGCCACCCCGAGACCUAGACGACCUGAGGCAGAGAGCCACAAAAUACAUGCAGAUGGAGGAACUGGCCGAGUUUCGGAGUCAAAACCGACCCGACCUAUUUCUCGCAAAAAAAGAAAGUGACAAGGAACCGCCCAGAUCACGCCCUAGAGACGUGUCGGAUCGUGACAAGGGUAAUAGGGGGCCGAGAUAUAUGCAGUACACGCCGCUCAACACCAGCAGGGCUAAGGUGUUGGAACAGGCCCUAGCCAUUGAAGUCCUGGCCGUCCCCCGAAGAGCCAUGACCCCGCCGCGCGCCGAUAAAACAAAAGUAUGCCAGUUCCACCGGAAUAGAGGGCACACUACUGAGGAGUGUUCCGCCCUUCGGGAUCGAAUUGAAGACCUUAUUAAGGCCGGACAUCUUCAAAGCUUUGUUCGAUCAUCAGACAACCGCAGGAACGAUAAUCGUCCUGGUAGGGGGGAGUACAGAAGGGAGAAUCGGGAUCGGGCACCUCCGCGGAACCAAUCCCGCGAGCGUAGCAGGUCCCAAGACAGGAACAAUCAACGAGACCGCAAUGAACCUAGACGAGUGAUAAACACCAUUGCCGGAGGCUUCGCAGGAGGAGGAAGCUCAUCCUCAGCCCGGAAGAGACACUUGAGGGCCAUCACGUCGGUCAACGCUAUAGGACGGGCAUCCCCCAUUCGUAUGCCCCCCAUAACAUUCACCGACCGAGACUUUCAAGGCAUUGACCCAAUACAAGACGAUCCCAUGGAAUUGACACCUUACGAUGAACCUUUGGUAGGAUUUUCGGGUGAACGGGUGGACACUCGGGGAACGAUAGACUUGUACACCUACUUCGGGGAUGACCAGCGUAGGCAGAUCAAGGUGCGCUACGUGGUUGUGCAUGCCAACACCUCGUACAAUAUUCUGUUGGGCCGACCCUCUCUGAACAGACUCCGAGCCAUCGUAUCCACCCCACAUUUGGCUAUGAAGUUUCCGUCAGAGGAAGGGGCCGUCAUCACCGUGCAUGCCGAUCAGAAAACAGCACGCGAGUGUUACUUCGCCAGUCUAAAAGUACAGCCAACACUAAAACCAAGACGAGACGUCAAUGUUAUCGGAGAUGUUGGCCAACAGGAACCAAGUGAAGGCCUAGAACUUGACCCGAGAAUGGAGGAUGAAGAUAGGGUCGAACCUAUCAAAACAACGGUUCCGUUCCAACUUGGAAAGAAUGAAGAUCAAGUCACUUUUUUGAGUUCUCAACUAUCCGAAACAGAGGCUAAGGGUAUUAAGCAAGUCCUACAAGAAUAUUCGGAUUUAUUCGGGGUAUAA